UAUAACUCCGUAGUAACUAAACAUCUAUGUUUUUCGGACUUUUAUUUUUGUAAAAUCCUCAAUUUUUCAUAGUUUUUGAUUGAGUGGGAGAUUUCUUUUAAUUUUAGUCUUCGUGUGUGAUCAUGUUUUCCUUGAAAAACCAAUUAAAGAAUGGAAAACAUGGGAAACGGAGUUGGAAAAUUCUUGACUGAAAUGUAUAAAUUGGCUGAUUGCAACAACGUUUAUUGUAGAAGGCAUUAUGUAGUCAGUCGUUAAACUUGUUUGCCCGUUUUUUCACUUGAUUUAGUCGUUGCUAAGCCUCUAAUUGAUCAUCAAUUUGAGAUGACUUUAUUAAGUGGUAAACAUUAAUUGUUCUGAAUCAUCAACACCACUCUUGCUGCAUAAAUCAAUAAUAUUUUCAAGUACAUAUAUAUUUUCAGUGUUAUUUUUAUUUUCUUGUAUUUGUUGAUCUUAAUUGAAGAAGAAAAAGCUGAAUUGUUAACAAUUCCAAUAAACAUGAUUGCAAAUUAGUAUGAAAAAAUAUUUCUUAGACUUUUGAGAAUUUUGUUGAAAAACUCAUAUUUCAUCAUACUUUUUCUCACUACACACCUAGAAGAAUGCAAUGGCUGAGAUGAAAUUAAAAAUAAAAAACAGCACUGUAGACUUGAGCCAAGAAAAUUUAUUUGAGCUCCAGUGCCUCAUAAAGGCAAGUGAUGUCCAUCAUGCAGCAAGAAAUGAGUAUCAACAAAGGCAAUUCUUGGCAUUUGUCUCCAGUGCUUCAGAUCUUGGGCUUUAUUACUUAAGAGACUCAUCGUCUCUACCUAUCAUCAAAAAGGUUCCAUGGUUUCAAAGCUCUAGAAAAAAAAUUGCCUGUCUCUGCUUUGAUCCAUCUGGUUCUUGGUUACUUAUUGCUAGUAUUGAUGGAUCACUUUACAUUGUUCCGGCAAAAACACUCGUUGAUGAGUCUUAUCCAGUAGAUCAAAAGUGGACUACUCAAGAUGUUACAUCUUUUUCUUCACUGAAUGUUCAGAACUCAUAUUCUCGACCAAGUUCAUUGAUAUGGUGGCAAGGUAGAUCAUUUUCCGCCCAAAUAGGAAUUGUAGGCACUGAGCAGGGAGAAAUAGUAUUUAUUAAUUUAGAAACUGGCCAGCAAGUUGGUAUUACUAAAAUAGAAGGAAAAAUAAAAGGAUUCUCCAUUUGUCAAGAUUCAGAAGUUGAUACUGUGACUUUAUUAAUCACAAAUCAAAGUAGAGAACAAUGGCAUUUAGUUUUGGAAAAACCAGCAAAUAACUACACAUAUCCUUUCAAUAAUGGCUCACCUCGAUCAUCAAAAAGUGAUGACACAGACAAUGAUGAUUCUAGAACUUUUCCUACUACUAGAUCGAGAUUGAGAGGGUUGAAACAAUUGUCAGUGGAAAAACUUGUGAUACUGAAGCAGAAACUUGCUGAGACAAGAAAUCGAAAUCUUGAUAUUUCCAAAACUGUUCCAGACAAUAGCAGUAAUGAAAAACAUGAAACUGAAUCAAGUGAUAGUGAUAAUUCAAUUGAUAUGGGGCUUUUUAAUAAUCAGCGGUCUAAUCCAGUUAAGUGUAGCACCAAACCUAUUGCAAUACCCAAUGACAUGUACAUAACUCCUCACCCAUUGAAAAAUGGUAGAACUGUUUAUAGUCGUUAUCUUCAUUCUGUAAACCUCUUAACUAUUCACGACCGUAGUACUUCAAUAACUCCUGCACAUACUCACAAAGUACCAGAACAAAGUGAAAAUGUUCUUUUAACAAAUAGGUUUUUAUAUAUUUCCGAUACUAGACAACGUUUUGUUUACAUAGUUUCUCGCCCAUUGUCUGAAAUUCGAAAAAAGGACAAAUCUGAUUUCAAUAAGGACUCAAUUAUUGCAAGAUUCUCCUUCGACAAAAGCGACGAAGUUAUAAAUAAUAUAUACAUGUUGACCUGUACAAAGGACGGUGAUGCGACAGGGCAUGGUGAAAUUAGAACGUAUAAUAUAGCAAAAAAUAUAACUGAUCUCAAAGUUCGUAUACCAACGGUAGAUUCUUGCGUAGUAGUUACCAAUCAUGGAAUAUACAAGAUUAUUUUAAGAGAUAAUAUUUUAACACUGUUUAUGGAUUUGAUAUUUAAACGACGAGCAGUAGAAGAUGCUACGAAACUAGGGCUGAUUUUCGGAUUAAAUGUGCAACAAUUGUUUGAGUAUGCUGGUGAUAUGGUUCUAUGCAAUAAACAAUUUGGUAAAGCUAUGGAAUUGUAUGCACUAGCUGGGUGUCGUCUUCCCAAAAGUAUUUUAAAGUUUGCCUCAGUUGGGUACACGACAGAGCUUUUGAGCUGUCUUGUAUCUUACUCCACAACGUCUGCCGUUAAUGAAUUGUCGGAAUCAAAUAGAAUACACUUUUCUAAUCUAAGUGUCCUUGCAUUCACGGAGCUUUCGCUAAGAGCGUUGUCUACUCCAAAUAAAACUAUCCACAAAGAUUUCUUGAACUUUUUGUCCACAAAUAUAUUUUACGACGAACUCUACACUAUCAACAUAGCGAUACAAACCAACAUGUGGAGUAUAUUACAUCACUUAAUACUGCGCCGAGGUUUGGGGUCACAAGUUUUGGAUAUUCUUGUAAAAGCUUUGCCGAAUUUCAUGUUGAAAAAUUCAAAUCUCACCGCAAACCAAAAUACUCAUGGCUUAUUGAUGUGCUUGAGUGACUCGAACUUGAUUCAGGGUAUGCUUAACAAUCCUAUCGUUGCUAGAAAUCACAUUUGUUUUGUGAUAGCAAAUUUACCGGCCUUGCAGAUAUUUACUCUACAGAGAUUAACUUCACUAUACGACCCGACCAAUCCUGCAAUAAGGCCAUUACUUUUGCGCUUCACAGCUCGUCGGAGACAGGCGUCUCGUAGUUCAUUUUCCAGUCAGUGUGAUUCUUUAGAUUUGUCUGAGGAAUUGGACGAAAUAAAUGUACUUAUGGAAGAGAUAAUCGAAGUAUUUCUACAAACUCUCGUAACUAUACUUCAUAAACGGCAGCCAGGCGUCAAAUUUAUUUCAAAAUAUGUGCCAUUCAGCCAACUGUCUGAUAUUGAAGGGCAGAGUAGACAAGAAAAAAAUCUCAGUGUGAAUUUCAAGCGACGACUACUCAGUGUUGGCUUCGGUCACACAGCUCUUAUCCGAAAUGGUAACGUUUAUACUUGGGGAACUUCGAUACAAGGCUGUCUUGGAACAGGACCAACGAUAUCUCGUUAUAGCUUACCACAAAGUAUCGGCAUUUUCCGUCGACUUGGCAUCGAAGUUCUCUCAGUUUCGUGUGGUCGAUGUCAUACCCUUGCCGUUACCAACAAUGGCGUUUACGCCUGGGGCAAUAACAAAUAUGGUCAGCUUGGACUAGGUGACGUACAUCAAUGUCCUAAUCCGGAAUUGAUUACUGCUCUUGCUCAGAAAAUUAUUGUCGAGGCUGUCGCUGGUCAACACCAUUCAACAGCAUUAACGUCAGACGGUCGCCUCUUUACCUGGGGUUGGGGUGUACACGGACAACUAGGUCAUGGGAAUACCGAAGCUAAACGUGAACCUACUCUAGUUUCCUAUCUUCUUGGUGUUGUAAUACGGUUCGUGAGUGCAGGCUAUGCUCAUACUCUCGCGUUAUCCGCCGAUGGCUAUGUCUAUGCUUUUGGAUGCAACUCGUUUGGACAACUUGGUUUGGGGCAUGAAAAUAAGUGUACAGCACCGAUGAAAGUUUCAUUGCUAUCUGAGAGAAUUACACUGAUUUCCACCAAGUAUUUCCAUAAUCUUGCCAUCAGCUGUACGAAUCAACUGUAUGUCUGGGGAGCAAAUCCCCAAGCGUUAAGAUUGCAAUCAAAGGAGCGAAAGAUUAGACUUCAAAAGGCCAAAGCGGCGGUCGCUGAGGCCAUUCAAAAGGAAAUAGCCGCGAGAGAGGAAGCUGCGAAUACUGAAGAAAAUGAAACUGGCGGCGGCAGAAAUGAGACAACUGCAGAAACGUCGGCGGAUGAAAUUAAAAGGCCCGUCAUUAUUCCGGAAUUGGAUAUCGGCGAAGAGAAUCGCGCGCAUUUAGUGCCUGAACUCGUUGAUACGAGUCUAGUUCGUGGCAAAAUUGUGCAGAUAUCGACGGGUUAUUACCAUUCAGCGUUGUUAACAAAAGACGGAACAAUUUGUACUUGGGGUCGUAAUCUUGACGGUCAACUUGGCACUGGAAUGAGUCGAGAUGUGUAUAUUCCUGAGCCGUUGUUCGAUGAGAGACUAAAUUUUGUUAGCAAGAAGUCAACUAAUAAAAGAACAGACGACGAUCAGGACAAUGCAAAUGAAAAUGGAAACUCAGAGGUGAAGGAGUUUGGCCAGUUGCUGAAAGCUGUGAAAAUCUGCUGUGGCAGUAAUUUUACUGUUGCUAUCGAACCAGGUGGAAACGUUCUGGCCUGGGGUAACAAUAAUAUGGCUCAAUUAGGUCGACCUCCAAUCAAUCCCAACGACACUGACGGUCAAAGGCUUGUCGUUAAAUUUAAAUCUUUCAAACGCAUUAUCCGUACAAUCAACCAUUCCGACAGGUUAACUGUCGUAGAUGCGAAACCCAGCAGCGUUCUGAACAUUCCUGCCCCGACGAUCUCGUACCAGAGUUACGACGUUACGCCACUUGCUGGAGCUGUGAAACCGUUGAGCUAUAUUGAAUCGACUCUCAGUGAAUUGUCUUUGCAUUACUCACUGGAGCAGUUCUUUGAAUUGUUCGGCAGUUAUAAAAUUCUGAACAAGUGUCUCGAGCUCAAAAAUUAUCAAGCAUGUGCAAAGAUCGAACUUUUGGAGCAUAAUUUCGUAGAAGCGCUUACCUAUCAAUUGAAAGCUCUGAAAGAGUGCGAUUUAGCAUAUUUGAAGCCAUUAGAUGACAUUUCAUAUGUGGAAAGUGGUGAUCAAGAUAACGACGCUUUAAAAAUGAAUAGUAAGCUGUUUGAAAAGCAACUAGAGCGAAACUUCGAGGAUACUUUAAUCGAAAGUGUGAACAAGCAAAAACUGAAAAUGCCCGUUAGUAAAUCAUUAGAUAGUUUUCAUACCCUCGAGCAAGAGUUGCACACUUUCGAUGAUCAAGGAGGUUCCGAGGAUCUUUUCGAAGACACCAAAUUUAGUGGUGUGCCUAUCACGGAAGAACCAUAUGAUACUGACAAUAAAGAAGACAGAGAUAGUCCGCUUACUAGUACUGAAGAUAUCACGUCUCACGAGGAAAUCGAUGAGAAUUCAUUGUGCUCCGAAUAUAAUAAACUCAGUCUAGGAACAUCUUUAGAAAAAAGGUCUAAUUACGUCAAUGAGAAUAUAUUGAGUUCUCAAGAUUUACUUGUGAUGCAACAUGCUGUAAAUAUCGUUGAUUUCUACUUGCACGAGGUUGAAGAUGACGCUUGUAUACCUAUGUAUGAGAUGGCGGCUGUUGCUGUGAAUUUUUGGGUGGAAAAUAAGUUUCCCAUUGAAGAGCUUGAAAAGGUUUUCAAGAAAUAUAUGAGUAAGAUAUAUUACGCACUUGGUCUUCUUCUUUUUGGUAAACGAGAUUCUCAAAAUAGUACAAUUUCCGAAAAGAACGAAAAAAAUAUUCAUGUCAAGAAUGCCGAAAAAGUAUUAACAACUGGAUUUGUUUUGAAGGUUUGCUCUCUCAUUUUGAAACACAUUCAAGAAGAAAAACCAUCUGUAGAAUAUAUAGAAAUGUUAUCAAUGUCAAUAUCGAAUAAUUACGGUCCUCCGCUCACUGGUUAUCCCGGAACCAGCGAAAAUAAAACGCCCGAGCAAAUGUUGGAAGGAAUCCUUAGUACAUUAUCUGCAAAGUAUUAUGACCCUCGACCCUUCAUACAUAUUAAGGAUCCAGAUAAAAUAUCCGAAUUAUUCGCCGCUGAAGAAGAUUCAAUGAUCUUCACAUGUGGUCAUAAUUUCCUUGUUUCUAAUUAUCGCUCUGAGGCAGUGCCAAGAAUGGAAGCUGAUCUUCUUUCCUUCCAGUCACCUUUACCCUCGACCGCACAACUAUUGGGCUCAAUUCUUUAUAAGUCGUACAAACCAGAAACUGUUUGCCCUUUGUGUCUAUCGCGGAUCCUUAAGGAUAUGACCAAAGACGUUACAAAUAAUUGAAAUCAUUGCUCUUGUCUUUGUUUAAAUAUUAAUGUGAAGCAUAUGGUCUCCGAUGGUUAAGUUUAUGAAUAAUCGUGACUGUUAUAUUCAUGCGGCAGAGUUUGCUUUUAAACUUUUUCAAUUUUUGAGUACUUCUGUGAUUGUAUGCCAAUCUCUUUUGACAGAGUUUUUGUUUUACCGUACAAAUACUCUAAUAAGCAAAAUGAACUACUGCUAGGUAAAAUGAAUUUUUAUCGUUAAGAAAUUCAAAGCAUCCAUUAGUGCAAUUUUUUCACGAUUUACCAAGAUUUUUUUUUAAUAUCUUUCAGUAAUCUAAUCUAUUUUCACAAGAUUAACUAAUAAAUACUCUAAAAAGUAUGAUAUUCAUAACAAAUAUUCAAAAAAGGAAACGACAAGCGAUUGAAGUUCAGAUCUCAUAUUUGUUGAAUAUUAUAUAUAACACUAAGAAAUUUAAUAAUAAUUACAAUUUCGAAUACGUUGUUAACUUACACUAAAAUAAAACUAACACAAUUUUUUUCUUAAUAAAAUAGUCUAUACUUUUGAUCAAACGUUCAAAGAUACUUAGCUAACCGUUUAGAUAGUUAUUUUCAAAUAUUUAACAGACUGAAAUAUUAUACUUAAUAUAUUAAUGACUCAACUGUAUAAUCGUAUAUCUUAAGAAAGAAAAAAAAAACAACAAAUAUGUAUGAUAACUAUAAAAGUAUAUGAAUUAAACUAACUGUAAAUUUUGUAAAUUUCGUUGAUUAUAUGUAAAUAAUUUUUUGAAGGUCGUAUCCGGAUUAGAGAGCAAAAAACUCAUUUCGGAAUGAUGCUAGUCGCUGAAUGAAUUUAAUCAGUAAUUACCGCGAAGAAUAAUAGUAAAUAAACAAGUAAAUAACAAUCUUACUCAAAAAACAACUAUUUAUAAAGAAAAAAGUUCGUGUACUAGUUUUUUUGAAUAAAUA